CAGAUGUGUUUUGUCCUCUCGGCAGUUGAAGAGUGAAGGACAAGGAGGCGUAAUGUCAGUUUGAAAGAGACGAGAUUUAUCGAUACUCUGGGCAAAAUAAAGGUCACCGUUGGACAGCCAGUUGAAUAGCCAGAUAAGACAGUCAGACGCGAUUUUCUGAAAGGAUUAGCAAAGGAAACACGAAAGAUUGAAUGCCAUAUUCAGCCGUAAAUCUUACUGGAAUAAACGAUGUCAAGUCAACGGUUUACCUCCUGGUCAGGUGAUUUAAGGUGCAGUCUGUGAAGUCUGCUGCCUUGGCUAUCUAAAGCAUCAGUGGUUCAGAAAGGGGUAUGGCCCCGGCCCUGACCAAAAUCCUGAAAGAUGGCCAUGGGAUCCACCUGUCCUCACCUCCUGCUUCUGUCAGAAUGGACUCAGAUGGGAGAGCCAUGUGCAGUGCUGAGCUGGAGUCUCAGAUGAGAUCGACAGAUGAUGGUGACCUCCAGAAGAUGUGGCUGAACCUUUCCUCGUUUCCCUCUCUGGACUCAUGUCUCCCCGUGAGCCCAUUGGACGUCCCUACCAACCCUGUGCUUUCCCCAUGUCUGCAGGCGUCUGCCAGCCAAUGUGAGACGGUGCUCCUCCCAAGCCCUGCUUCCCUCCUCAGCCUCCUUACCUUCAAUAAAGGCCUGAGAGAUUCUCAUCAGGUGGCCUGCGUCUUCCCAGGUGUACCAGACAUGUUUUUAGUCCCUGUCCCUGAGCACAAUAGCCAAGAGACUUGCCUGUUACAUGGUCACAGUGCUACUCCUGAAUGUAGGCCAGAUGGUGGUGAUGUGCAUCAUUCCUCCCUUAUCUUUACCAGUGUUCCUCCUUCAUAUUCCCAUGGGGAGAUAAUGUACCAGGGCUACACUCCCUUCUUUGCACCCCCACCUACAUUGACACAGGAGAAAAUGGCUGGAAUGGGCUGUGCUCCUCCAUCUACAGGGCAGCCUUGCAGUGGCAGGGUGAACUCUGACCAGCUGGCAUCCACAGCUGUGCUGGAGGAGGCAGUGAAGGAGCAGCUCUCCAGGCAGGCAGGGCUGCGCAACAGAGCUCAGAGGCUGCAGAGGAGACUGCAAGCCCUGCUAGGUGAGCACGCUUUGCUACACUGCAACCAGCAGCUGGAAGGGCUUAAAAGGCACUGUCAACUUGGAGGUGUGUCUCUUGCUAGCCCGGACUCCAUACAUCCUGGUAUACUACCUCCGCUGGGCUGUAAACCCCAUUUUUCUUGGCUAGAGUCGUCCACAGCCUCAUCUUCCUUCACAGAGCUCAGCGAAUUCAGCCGCUCCAGCCAGGCGGUGCUGAGAGGCCUGCAGGAGGAUUUGGACUCAGAGGCCACGGCCAGCAGCAGCUCAGAUGAUGAGCAAGAGGAGGAUAAGAGUCACGGCAAAACCAAGACACCUGGCAGUGGCAGCUGUGAGAGGCGGUGGCUGGAAGAGAGAGCGGAGCUGGGCAGCAGAUGGAGCUGGGUGCAGCUACGUCUGGUCGAGCUGGAGGGGAGGAUACAACAACUGGUGGAGCUCCACAAGCACAUCCGCUCUACCAAGGGUGGUGUGGUGCUUGCAGAGUCCCAGCCACUGACAGACAGAUGGAUUCAGCACACCCUGCUGAGAGAAAUGGCAGCCUCGGAUGCUGACGCUGAACCCUGCAGCCCCACACGCCUUCUGCACAACAUAGAGAGACAGAGUGCUCAGCUCAGCCAGAUUGUCAACAGUCUGAUGCCUCCUCUCAGCUUUUCACCGCUGUCUAAACAACCACACACCUGGAAAGGCAAGAGAGCCUUCACGAGUGGUCAGAAAGGAGACGAUGUUUUUGUGCCUGGGAGCUGUAAGAGAAGGAGACCGGGGACCAGGAGGCUCUUCAAAGCUGAUGUGUCGUGCGUGUGUGCCCGGACCAGGCCCCUGGUCACCUACCACAAGCCCAAACUGUUCACUUUCAACACCAACAACCCCAGCCGGCCACAGGACUCUGGGAAGUCCACGUCUACCCUCUCCUCUUCUCUCUCAACAUCUUCCUGUUCAUGUUGCUCAUCUUGUGAUCCUGUAGUCCUGUGCUGUGAUCCUGAAUGCAGCUCCAGUAGGGCCCUGUCCUCCAGGACCCCCAGCUCCACACCUCACCCUGUGUUGUCUCUUUCGUUUGACACUCCUCUGUCCCACCAUGUAAAGAGGGCCCUGGCCAGAGAAGAAUGGUCCCAAAGGCCUCUUGUUAUCAAUCAACCAUCCAGUCCGGCACACUACAAGAGACGCAGCUCCACACCACUGCACAGCAGUCACAAAUACAAGCAGCAUGCAAGGCAUCAUAAAAGCAGAGUUAUGGGUUUGUCGCCAAUCGGGAUGGCAGGCUCUGCUCAGAGUCAACACAGGAGAGCCAAUCAGAGGAAAAAGAAGAGAAGACACAUCAACAGGCUGAUAGAAGAUAAGGAAGAUGUCCUGUACCAGCUCUGUGACCCAGAGGACAGCUCAGAUGGAGUGCUGGAGGAGAGCUACACACAGGUUUCACGCAAGCAGGCCUCACAGGGCUUUGUUCGCAAACGCCAGGGAGAGAGUGUGUACAACAUCAACAACAUUGUCAUCCCCAUGUCACUGGCUAAAGUGGAAAAGCUUCAGUACAAAGACAUCCUGACACCCAGUUGGCGGGCGGUUGACGCCUCAUCUCCGAUGAACAGGGAGGCAGAGGAGGAGGAGGACAAUGAAGAGGGGCAGGUGGAAGAUCUCAUUGACGAAGUCUUCGCCCAGAGACACCUGGCCUUAGAGCAGAGAGAGAAAUUUCGCUGGCCAUCCUGGGGAAAGAGAAAAUGCUCCGGGCGCCCUAAAAGAUCUGGCAGCAGGUUAUCAGGCAGUGGGGGCGGGAUGUGCACAUCAGGAGAGGAGAGCUCUGUGGAGCUGAGUUUUGCUCAGCUGGACAGCGAUGAACAGCAAAGCUCAGAGGAGUGGCUGCCUCAGACACCCUGGGAGCCACGAGUGUUUCCAUUGGAUGAGGAUGAGGAAGAAGCCCUGCUCUCUGAUAACCUAGAAAACGUCCCAUCAGGGUGGUCAGAGUGUAGCUUGGCCUCCGCCACAUCAAAGAACUCCAACUCCCAUCUCUCCCCAGCUCAGUCCUCUGGUGCCACACUGCCAUCUGGUGGACAAAGCAAGAGCAGAACACCCAAUGGCAGCUGAGAGAGCAGUGCCUUACUUUUUACAUAUCUCCUCCCGCCUGGGACCAUGAGGAGAAAACAUGCCCUGGAAACCUUAAUUGGGAUACUUUAUACAUUCCACAAAUACAGUGAUUUGAUGUUAUUUGCUUAAUACUUUAAAACAAAAGUGUCUAUUUAGUGAGUAUUGUAACAUGUGUCACACUAAUUUAAACUGACUACUGUAGUUUCUGCUACACUUUCAGGUUUUAAUGUACAAGAGGUACUUUAUGUAAAAAUAUAUAUACCAGCACAAAUCCACUGUAGUCUCAGGUUUGUAUACCGUUGGUAGUUGUCACAUGCUAUUUAUUUUCACAGUUGUCUGUGUAGAAAGACUACAUACAUACUGUAUAUUUAUGCUUGCUGUAUGUGUGCUUUUUUCUGUUGUCAUUUGGUAUAUAUUUUCUAUGAAGAAAAAACGUUAUUAGUAAACAUUAACAUUAGUAAACAUACA